GGUGAACAUUGGCAAUACGAUAACAUUAGCCGCGUGUUUAAGUGUAACCAUAGCUGGGAAUCCCAGCCUGGAAUACACUUAAGCUGGGAUCUCAAUACCCAAUGGAUAGAUGCCAUGGAUUUAAAUUUGGCUACAUAUCCUAUAUUAGCGCAUAUCGACUGGCAAUCAAAUGAAGGGAAGAGUAGCCCAGAGAGAAGGGAGAGAAGAAUACGGUCGAAGGGGAACGGAGUGACAGCCUGUUUGCCUCUCAAAUGGGGCCCGAUAGCAAUGGUAGUUCUCUAUUGCACUUCAAUGCAUGGCUUUGAGGCUCAGGGCUCAGAGCUCUGCCUGUUUUCUCAUACCAUCUCAUUCUCAUCGCAUCCCAACAUAAUU